GGGGAGAGAGAAGCGGGGCGAAUAUGGAAAAGUAGAGCGGAGCCGGGGCGAAUAAAUAGAAAUCACAGCGCGGCGCUGCGCCCAGAGGGAUUCAGGGACGCCUAUUUUUCAGCCGGAAAAUAAUGAAUGUAAUUCCCAUUUAAACCCUAUUUCCGAAAAUUGUAUUCCCGUUUGGCCCUUUUGAAAUUUAAAAGAACAAAAGAUUAUUACCAAUGAAGCCUGAUUUGAGAGUCAUAUUUUCCUUUUUACCCUUUUAAAAUUCCUAGUCUAACUCUACUAGUUUGGAGUCCUUUACAUCAGGGACAGCCCUAACACAUUCAUCCUCCUUAGAACCCUGCUGGAAAUUAGACUCUGUAAAGGGAAUAAAAAGAGGGAGAACAAACAGAGAGAAAGAGGGCUACAGAAGAGAGAGAGAGAGAGAGAGAGAGAGAGAGAGAGAGAGAGAAUUUGUUCUUCUUCGGGUGCUUUGCUCCUGUUGCUGCACUUUUUUGAUCUUGUCUUCUUCUUCUUCUUCUUCUUCUCUCUCCUUCCUUCUGUAGUUAUCCAUCAAUGGCUAAAGAAAGAGAGAAGGAGAGAGAGAAAAAAAUGUUUAUUGGGUUUGCAGGGAAGUGCGCUAAUGAGCUCAAAAUCUUCUUGAUAUGUCUUCUGUUGCUGGGUGCGGUAGCCACCCUUCUCCAGUUUCUCCCUUCUCGCUUUUCCCUCUCCCCCUCUGAUAUUCGCCACUGUCUAGUCUCCAAAAAUACACUCCAGUUCGACGACCGCCUCCCGGUGGUGGCGAUGGCUCCGUCGCCUCUUCUUCAGCCGCCGGAGGUCUCCACCCCAUCGCCACCGGCGCCGCCGCCGCCGCUGCUUCCGUCUCCCCCGCCACCACCGUCCCUCGAGAAAGAUCAGACCAUCCACGACGGCAUCAUCAAGCGCUCGUUCAACCCCUUCGGCGCCGCCGCUUACAACUUCAUCCUCAUGAGUGCUUACAGAGGCGGAGUCAACAGUUUCGCCAUUGUCGGCCUCGCCUCCAAGCCUCUGCUCGUCUUCGGCAAGCCUACUUACCAAUGCGAGUGGUUCCCCGCACUCAAUCCCUCUAAACCCGUCACCGCCGCCAGUUACAAGAUCCUCCCUGAUUGGGGCUACGGACGGGUCUACACCGUCGUCGUCUUGAACUGUACCUUCCCGGAACCCGUCGGAGCCGACGGUUCAGGCGGGAAAUUGGUCCUCCACGCCUCCACGGGCGGCGGCGGCGACCGGAAUUUCAACCUGACUGAUACGUUCGAAGCCUUGGUCGAAACGCCGGGGAGCGUAGAUGCGUCUCUGUUCACUUCGCCGCCGAAAUACGACUAUUUGUACUGCGGGUCUUCCCUGUACGGGAACUUGAGUCCGCAGAGGAUGAGGGAAUGGAUCGCCUACCACGUGAGGUUGUUCGGCGAGAAAUCUCAUUUCGUUAUCCACGACGCCGGCGGCAUUCACAGGGAAGUUCUCGAGGUUCUGAAGCCGUGGAUGGAGAUGGGGUAUGUGACUCUACAGGAUAUCACAGAGCAGGAACGGUUUGAUGGUUACUAUCACAAUCAAUUUCUGGUGGUGAACGAUUGCUUGCAUCGUUAUAAAUUUGCUGCAAAAUGGAUGUUCUUCUUUGAUGUGGACGAGUACAUCUAUAUUCCCGGUAAGAACACCCUCAAAUCGGUUCUCAAUUCGCUUUCGGAUUACACCCAAUUCACCAUUGAGCAGAUCCCCAUGUCCAGCCAGCUCUGCCUCUCCGCCGAUGCCGGUCAGUCAUUCAGGAAAUGGGGAAUGGAGAAGCUGGUGUACAAGGACGUGAAGAAGGGGAUCCGAAGAGACAGGAAGUACGCGGUGCAGCCGCGCAAUUUGUACGCGACGGGGGUGCACAUGUCCCAGAACCUCGCCGGCAAGACCAACCACAAGACGGAUCGCCUCAUCAAGUACUUCCACUACCACGGCACAAUCGCGCAGCGCCGGGAGCCCUGCCGCUUCUUCCUCAACGCCACUCGCAGCACCAUGCACGACGGUGUACCCUACAUCCUCGACACCACCAUGCGCGGCGUCGCCGCCUCCGUUAAGAGAUUCGAACUCAAAUUGAUCGGCACCCGCCUCCAGAGAACCCGGCAAUAGCGACAACAGUAGCUUAUAGUUAUAGCAAUAGCAAGAGCAUGCAUCAUGCAUGUUCCCUCUUUUUUUUUUCCCCCAUUUUUUGUUCUUAAUUACAGCCCCCAUUAGCCUAGAAAUUCGUUGAUUUCCUCUUUUCUUAUUUAAUUUUCUCUUUGUUUGGUAUAUAGAAAUUUGAGAUAAGAGGUACAGUGGAGAGAUAUUAAUGUUUUCUUUUUAUUUUAUUUAUAUUUUUUUUGGUUAUUGAAAAA